AUGACGACGCCUGUUGUGCCGUCCCGAAGUCUGUUGCGCUUCCUCCGAUCUCAGUCCAACCUCGUCUUCGACCCGACUUCCCCUGCUGCAACCACCGUCACGAGAAUACCCUGUCGACGAGUAUCUACACCGUCUCCGAGAAGGCGGCCCUCUUCACUCGAAGACAUAUGGCGUCCGGCGCCAGCACGAGAACCCUGCAAAGCACUCCCGCCUCCGCGGUACAGUCCUCCACGUCCUGCUCAGGCUCGAAAUGCAAGCACCGACAGUCGCAAGUCUGGCUUUUGGCGACGUUGGUUUCGCCAGAGAGAGGCAGCCGCCCAGGCGUCGUCCAAUAGCGGCUACGAUGAAACCUCUGAGCAGCUGUUCAACCUGUCGCGCGCCCUGUCUCGCAAUAGCAGCGGCGCCGAACUCAAACUUCGCUGCACCGAGUUCGACGCCAACGGCUCGGUUACGAUGGUGUCAGGCGAAUUCAGAAAAUCAGAAUUGAUAGCCAAGUACGGCUUAUUACCACGAGAUCUCCGCAAGAUCGACUCCUCCGUGCUGCCGCAUAUCCUCGUCCGGCCGUCGGCGAUCCUGAUCAACCUCCUCCACCUCCGCGUGCUCAUCCAGUCUGACCGGGUGCUCGUCUUCGACGCCUACGGCAGCACCGACUCCUACACACAGUCCCUCUUCAUGUACGACCUGGAAGGCAAACUGCGCCAGAAAGCCGACCCGCGGAACGGGUCCUACAACCUCCCCUACGAGCUGCGCGCGCUCGAAGCCGUGCUCAUCUCGGUGACGUCGGGCCUGGAAGCCGAAUUCGUGCUCGUGCGCGACCCGGUCACCCACAUCCUCCGCGAACUCGAGGAGGACAUUGACCGCGACAAGCUGCGCCAUCUCCUGAUUCACAGCAAAAAGCUGGGUACGUUCGAGCAAAAGGCGCGCCUGGUCCGCGACGCCAUCGACGAUCUCCUCGAGGCCGACGACGACCUCGCGGCCAUGUACCUCACCGAGCGCAAAGCCACGGGCAAGCAACGGGCGGAGAACGACCACCAAGAAGUCGAGAUGCUGCUGGAGUCGUACCACAAGAUCUGCGACGAGAUUGUCGAGAUCAGCGGCAACUUGAUCAGCAACAUCCGCAACACGGAGGAGGUGGUCCGCGCGAUCCUGGACGCCAAUCGAAACCAAUUGAUGUUGCUCGAGAUCAAGUUCAGCAUCGGCACGCUCGGGCUCGCCGGGGGCACGUUGAUCGCGGGGCUGUACGGGAUGAACCUGAACAACUUCAUCGAGGAGACGCAAUGGGGCUUCGGCAGCGUCAGCGUCGUCUGCUUCGGCCUCUCCUGGAUCAUCUGCAUCUACGGCAUGAGGAAGCUGCAGAAGGUGCAGAAGGUGCGCAUGUGGGGCGAAGGCUUAGAUCACAGCAGCAGUAUUGGCUUCCGUCGCGGCGGCGGCGGCGGCGGUAGCGCCGGCGGUGGUACUACUACUGACCACGGCAAAAUCGGCGGCAGAGGCAACUGGCGCAACGAGGCCAUCGAGAGCCAUGCCCAUCGCAUCGGCAGGCUCAAGGGCGGGGGCCUCAAUCUGGGCGGCAACGCGCAUCCGGGCCGCGUGCUCUGGCCUGGCAUGGAAGGUUUGGGCAUGCAUAGGUUGAACAACGCCGAAUCGCGCCCCGGUGAGGGCCAGCAGCAGCAGCAGCAGCAACGACCGGGGCCCGGGCCGGAACAACCGCAACCGCGCAUGACGAUCCACGAGGACGUCGAGAACGUCGAGGACAAGAUGAAGGCCGACGCGAAGAAAGAAAAGGGCUUGGCCCUCCCGCCGAAGAAUUCGUCAAAGGGCCACCCACGGCCAUGA